AUGGGGCCGCGGCUGCUGCUCGCCACGGGGCUGCUGCUCGCCGCUAGCACCGGGAGCGCUGCAGGUGACAGCUCACAGCAGCACAGUGAAGAAUUAGGACACUCCUGGUCAGUGACCCCGUGGGUCCUGAGGGAUAACCGGACACUCAGCUUGGCAGAAGCGACCCAGGGGGGGUUCCCCGCCCGUCUGGCAGUCCUGCUGGAGCUGGAGGGGAUGAGGCUGCUGCUGGAGCUGGAGCAAAACUGGGAGCUGGUGCAGGGCACCGGGGUGCUGCUCUAUUACCUGCCUGAUGGCACACGGGUGAUCCAGGAGCCCAGCAAGCAGGAGCACUGCUGCUACCAGGGGACAGUUCAGGGUUUCCCCGGCUCCUGGGCCAACCUCUGUGCCUGCACUGGACUCAGUGGCUGCCUCCGGCUGUCAGACACCAGGAGCUACACACUGGAGCCAGACACCAGCAGCCCCCCAGGGCCACACGUGGCAUCCCACCUUCGGGUCCAGCUGGAGCCACAGAGCUGCAGGCAGGGCCCCCGCCCUGGGCCAGAGGCAACAGAGCCCCUCUGGCCACAGAGGGGCAAGCGGGCAGCGGCAGAGCAGCGCUUUGUGGAACUGGUGAUGGUGGUGGACCACGCUGCGUUCCAGAAUUACCCCAGCCUACAGCGUGUUCACACUCGGACCCUGGAAAUAGCCAGCCAGGUGGAUGUGUUCUUGCGCCCACUGGGAGUGCGGGUGGCCCUGCUGGCAGUGGAGAUCUGGAGCGAGGGCAACAAGAUCACGGUGGGCAGCAGUGCCCGGGCUGUGCUGGAGCGGUUCCUGCGCUGGCGCCGGGAGGAGCUGCUGCCCCAGCUGCCCCACGACAAUGCCCAGCUCCUGACGGGUGCCCACUUUGAUGAUGUCUCAGUGGGGAUAUCGACUCAAGCCUCCAUGUGUUCCCCCACACGCUCCGGGGGGGUCAGCAUGGACCACUCCAUCAGUGUCCUUGUCAUCGCCUCCACCGUGGCCCAUCAGCUGGGGCACAACCUGGGCAUGCGCCACGACAGCACCGGGCGUUUCUGCGACUGCGGCGACCUCCGGCACGACCGCAGCUGCAUCAUGGCACCGCCUACGGGGUUGACACCUGGCUUGAGCUUCAGCAACUGCAGCCAGCAGGACCUGGAGCACAGCCUGCAGCAGGGCCAGGGCUGGUGCCUCUCCAACGUCCCCGAGCCCCAGCUCCUGACUGGGAGCCCCACCUGCGGGAACCACUUUGUAGAGCUGGGCGAGGAAUGUGACUGCGGCCUCAGCGUGGAGUGCACCGAUCCUUGCUGCAACAGCAGCUCCUGCCAGCUGAUGCCAGGGGCCAUGUGUGCCACCGAGGACACCUGCUGCCAGGACUGCCAGCUGCGCCAUGCUGGACACAUGUGUCGGGAGCUGCUGGGCGAGUGUGACUUGCCCGAGUUCUGUGAUGGGGUCUCACGGCACUGCCCCCCUGACACCUUCCUCCAAGAUGGGCAGCCCUGUGCCAGCGGGCGGGCACGCUGCUACAGUGGGGCCUGUGCCACCUAUGAGGAGCAGUGUCAGCAGCUGCUGGGGCCAGGUGCCAGUCCUGUCUCCAGCUCCUGCAUGGCUGCCCUGAACACAAGAGGGGAUGAACGUGGGCACUGCGGGCAGUUCCCCAACGGCUCCUAUGCCACCUGCACACAGCAGGACAUCAGCUGUGGGAUGCUGCAGUGCCAGCGCAGCAGCUCCCGUGGGGACAGCCCAGAAGGGUCAUGCCAGGGGACGCCCCUGCCUGGGGACAAGGAUGUGACCGAUGUGGCCAUGGUGCUGCCUGGCACCACCUGUGGCCCCGGGAAGAUGUGCCUCCAGCACCGGUGCCAGGACAUCUCCAUGCUGGGUGACCAGCAGUGCCAGAGCAAAUGCCAUGGGCAUGGGGUGUGCAACAACCACGGGCACUGCCAUUGUGAGCGGGGCUGGGCCCCCCCAACCUGUGACAGCCCCGGCGUGGGCGGCAGCCAGGACAGCGGCCCUGCCGGCCUUGAGCGAGGUGAGGGACAAGGCAAGCGCAGAGAAUGGGGCUUUGUGCGGGUGUCGGGGGGGUGA